AUGUCGAGAAGUAUGCUGAAGGCUUUGCAAAAACGUGAGCGGCAGUUAUAUGUGAUUUUUGAUGGUACUGAUAGAUUUAUCCAAACCUAUCACAUCGGUAGUGAUCGGUGCCAGUUAAGCUCAAGGUUGCAAGUGAUUGAUACAGUGUACAGCGAGUUUUUCGAAAUUCGGAGCAAGAUCGAAAUGUUGCUGGAUGAAGCGGCCGAGAAAGAGCAGAAAGAUGCUGACAGCGAAGUCAAAGGGGAGAUAGCAAAACAGCGCGAAGAAGAGAACGACAAAAUUCUGCAGCAACUUCAAGGCGAUAAGGAUGCCUUAGGGGUAAACACAACCAGCAACCAGAGUCAGUCUGCGUCAGGAAAUACGUCAAGAGUAAAGCUGCCCGAGAUUCGUCUGCCGUCCUUCAGUGGAACAAUCAGAGAAUGGGUUACAUUUAGAGAUUCUUUUCGUUGUCUCAUUCACGACAACGAGCAUCUGACGAAAAUGGACAAAUUCACUUACCUCCGUUCCUCUCUGCAAGGUGAUGCACUGAAGGAAAUAAACAACAUCGAGCUGUCAGAGGCGAACUACGACGUCGCCUGGAAAAUGUUAGAAGUCCGCUACGAAAAUAAAAAGCUAAUUGUCAAGGCUCAUCUCGACGCUCUCUUCGCCCUCGAACCGAUUAAAAAAGAGAACUACGACGGUCUGAACUUCCUUAUCAGCGAGUUUGAGAAAAACUUGAUGAUGUUGCAGAAAAUUGGUGAGCCAACGGAGUCUUGGAGUACAAUACUAGUCUACAUGUUGUGCGCUAGACUAGAUUCUGCAACAUUGCGCCAAUGGGAGACGCAUUACGGGUCUAAGGAGGUCCCAACGUACGAUGAGCUGCUACUGUUCUUGCAAGGUCACUGCUCAGUUCUCCAAUCAAUCACCUCUGCAAGAAGUCCACCAUCCGAAGCACGUCAAACAAGAUCAACAGUUUGCCAUACAACCAUCCGAUCGGAUUCACGAUGCCCGUUUUGUACCGAAACAUGGCACUCACCGUUUCACUGCCAGAGAUUCCUUCGAUUGAAGAUAUCAGAACGUGUCGAAGCCGCCAAUCGAAGUCGAGUCUGUCGAAAUUGUCUACAGCCUGGUCAUUUUGCGACGAACUGCACUCGUAGCAGUUGUCGAUUAUGUCAACAAAGGCAUCACACUAUGUUGCAUGCUACGCGAUCCUCCGUUCCAAAUCCGUCGAAUCCGAGACUCAGUCAACAGUCAAUAGCACAACCCUCUAAUCAAGAAAGCACCCAUAUUUAUCCACAGCAAGCCUAUCAACAGCAAAGACAACAAACCAUGCCAAUAGUUACGGAAACACACACUCAACCACUAAAUGCAACACACGAUUCACCAAACACAACCACACAAAUCAAUUCACCUAUGCCAAGCACAAGCCAUAGCUACGUAGCACUACAUGUUAAGCCUGCAUCAAAUACUCUGCUUCCUACCGCUCUUAUCAAUAUCAAAGACCGCUACGGUAACGCUCUGGUAGCCAGAGCCCUGUUAGACAGUUGUUCGCAACAUUGUCUAAUGACAGAAGAGUUUUCGAGAAAGCUGAAGCUCGAAGAAACACCCACGUUUUUGUCAGUCCAGGGUAUUGGGUCGUCUGAAGAAACCAUGCAGUUCUUCGUUUUACCAAAACUUAAGCUACAAAUACCCAAAACAUCGUUUGAUCCGUCACCCAUGUCGUUUCCCGAUUCCUCUUUGCUAGCUGAUCCUUAUUUCUACGAAUCAAAGCAGGUCGAUGUCAUCAUUGGUGCGGAAUACUAUUUGGGUCUGUUGACGAAUGAUCGAAGAAAGGUUACGAAGAAUGGUCCCACACUCCAUAACACAGUUUUUGGUUGGAUUGUUUCAGGUCGAAUAGACGAUUCUCCGCAAAACGUGUCACACAAUUUGAUAACGUCGUCGAUCACAGCACGGUUCGAGUUGGCCAUCCAGCACGGUAUAGGCAGCGCAUUGCACCACUUGAGCCACAGGGCGUAUCACCGGACAGACACGAAGGCGCGUUGGUCGGUUCCGUUCUGCUUCAAGGUGUACCUAGGCCAUUCCAUUCCGGGCGAACGUCGAAUCAAGCAACCUUACAGACGAGCUGCGCUUCAUCGAUAG